AUGUUGGACCACAUGCCUCGCCGCUCUCGCUCUCUUCUCUCUCUCUCUCUCACCUCCCUCGCCCUGGCUCUCUCCGUUCUGGCCUUCUGCACCUCCUACUGGUGUGAGGGAACGCACAAAGUGGUCAAACCGCUCUGCCUGUCGCCGGUCAAGAUGAAGAACUGUGGCCAGAACAACAGUGAGCCUUACACUACAGAAAGCCCCACCCCGGACCCCCGGGGGCCCUCCAAUAGAACCAUUUCGCCGAAGCGGAGGGAGGAACUGGCCAGGAUUCGUCAGAGGCAGCUGGCCAACGCUGUGCAUUACAUCUGGGAGACGGGAGAGGACAAGUACAUGUUCCGCUAUUUCCACACGGGCUUCUGGGAGUCGUGCGAGAAACACGCUGACGGGGAACGAUGUCGCAGCUUCCUCGAUUUAACCCCCGGAGAAACGCAUGGUGUUCUCUGGUUGUCCAUGGUUUCUGAGUUCAUGUACAUCAGUUUGUUGGGGAUGGGCUUCCUGCUGAUGUGGCUGGAGGUUCUGUGCUCACAUAAAGAAAUGCAUGCGCUCAAAAUCAAUGCGUUCGCAGCCAUAUGCACUGUGCUGUCAGGCCUGAUGGGGAUGGUGGCCCACAUGAUGUACACGACAGUUUUCCAGCUGACGGUUAUUGUUGGACCCAAAGACUGGAGGCCGCAGAGCUGGGACUACGGCUGGUCAUUUGCGUUGGCGUGGGUGUCCUUUAGCUGCUGUAUGGGCGCCGCCGUCCUCACCCUCAACUCCUACACCAAAACCAUCAUCGAGCUGCGGCACAGGCAGAGGCUUCGGCUGGAGGAGUCCCGGGCUGCCAGUCGCGCCCCGGCCUACGAGGAGGUGGUCCCAGGGGCCGGAGGGCCGGGGCUGUACUCCGUCAGCAGCCUGCUGCACUGUCCCAAUGGCAUGAUGGACACGGUGUGGGCGGACGGCAGCAUGGGAGUGGUGGGGGACGGCGAUGUGCCCACGCUCGUGCUGGUGGGGGGAUGCGGGCCGGAGGGCUGCGAGGACUGCGAGAGAGAGAUGGACGAAAUGGACGAGGCCAUGGAGAGAGACAGGACAGACUCUCCUUGUUAA